GUUGCGACGGUUGCAAUGAACAUUGCUUGUUUGUAUCGAUGGAAUGCUUUUCAACAUCGUUAAUUCAUAAUAUUACUCGGUUAGAAUAAAAAAUAAAAGCGUCCGCAACAAAAGUGAAAACGAAUAUAAAAUCGGAUUUAGAAGAUGAAUGAUUAUCGCGGUAAAUAUAAACGAAAAUCAGGUGGCGGGAACGAUCCGGAUUUCGGUCGCAUUUUCCGUACCGAACAACAUGAAGAAAGGCGGAAGGUUAUGAGAGCGGAAUAUUAUUCUCGACACCGAGAUCUUUCGGACAGUCCGGAAAUACAGGAAAAAAUCCAGCAAGAUCCGAUAACUCGACUUCGGAAGUGGCAGCUGGAAAAAGCAUUGAAGAAGAAACUAGAACAGAGAAAGAAAAAGCCAGCUUUCAAAGUUGGAGUAGUACAUCAUCAUUUUUACUCGCCAGUGCAGGAUGAAAAAUCAAAAGCAAAACCAAUACCGUGUCAUGGAAAAGGAGCGAGAAGAAUCAAGCCACAGCCCAGUCCGCCCAAAAGAAUAACUCGAGCGACGCUAAAACGGUUAGAAGCUAAAAAAAAUGCAGCAACACCAACACCAGGGAAGCGUAUUGUUAAUAUCAAUACUCCAAAAGAAAGGACUCGGACGGCAAAGAAAAAUGCGGCAACGUCAACACCAGGAAAGCCUGUCAUUAAGACCAACACACCAAACGAAAAGGUUCCACGGGCAAAAAAAAAUCUGGGCAUGUCAUUUGCUCCGGAAAAUUACACCUUCAAAGGCCCAGCUGGGAUUGAGGAAAUUCCAAUGUUUGGGAAAUUCAUCAACAGAGAUUCGGUUGUCGAUAAACAGGAUCUUGCAGAAGAAAUAUCGGCUGAGCUGAAUAAACCCUGGCCAGAUUCCAAACUCAGUUUUCACAUAAGAUCGUCCCAAUCGAAACAACGGAAUAGCUUUACCCGUCAGAUGGCUGUUGAUUUGUCCAAUAGCUCAGUAGAAAAAGAACCUCCUCAAACGGAAGACUCGUCGGAUGAAAAAAGUGAUUAUAAAAAUGUUGAUCCUGAACCGGAAUUGGUGACAAUUAAUACUCACUGUAAUGGAGAAAUGGAUAGCAAUAGUCUUGAAACUCCACCGCGUACGGGGUCUCCGGCUCCUGCAUUAUUUUCUCCCUACAUAACAACCUCGCGAGGGAAAGACAGCGCUCGUCGGGAACGACGCUCGAAAAUGGGAAUCGGACGAACGACUCCUGAUGAAAUACCAACCAAAGAAACGAUAAUGCAGAGUCUCAACAUUUCUGUAGAAGAGGAAGAGCGAACGGCUCAAUAUUUCAAAUUUCUGUUGCAACGCGAAGUUGACAGGUUGAACGGAUUGUGCGCCAAAUGGGAAGGAAUGAAAAACGAACCUGACAUUACGGAGGAUGGGCUUUAUUUCAUUAAUCAGGCAGUCGGUCAAACGAAUCUUUUGAUUAAAAAAAAAUUUGAAAGAUUCAGAGGACUGGUUUUGGAUUGCGAGAGCGGGAAGGGCGAGAUGCUUGUACGAUGCCGAGACCUCCAGGGCUUCUGGGACCUGAUGCACAUGGAAGUGAAAAACUGUGACUCCCGUUUUGAAAAACUCGAAAAUCUCCGCUCGAAAAGUUGGAUCGAAGAUGAAAUUGUUAUGGCUGUAAAAAAACCAACGGGGAUUAAAAAAAAAGUCGCAGCAUCCAAAUUCGCCGGGAAUGCCAAAAGCUCCGUUCGCUCGUGGAUUUUAGAAAAAAAAAAAAAGAUGGCCCAGACUGAACAGAUAUCCGAAGAUGGGAUUCUCGUUAAGAGCGGUCAUAGAACGUCUGUGCCUUCCGAAAUCAACGAAGAAACGACUGCAGAUAAAGCAUUCAAUUCUCGUCGUAGCAUCAAAAGUUCUCCCAGUGCUUACCCCCAAGCAAGAGUACAUGCGAACUUAAAGGCAACGCCAAACAGGACACCCGCUUCGCUUCUCAAAAAGGUUCAAUUGUCCCAAGCCCGUAAGAGCAUUCACAGUCCAUUGGCGGUUAUGAAAAUCAGCAAAAUGUGUAAAACACCUGAAAUCCAUUUGGACGACACGAUAUCAUAUGUAAAUUCAGAUCAAACACCACAGAGGAGUAUUCUCAAAAAAUCGUCAACAGAGGACUCGUUUUCGGCAAACGAUACUGCCAUUACGAAGUCCAAUCGUAAAGUAGAUUUCAACGAUGACGUUAUAGCCAACGAGGCGGAAGAGGUUGACGAAAAUUUGGAAAACAGCAUCGAUCUUGGUCGUGCUCUCGCCCGCAUCGAUAGCUACAAUUCCGAUGAUAGUUCCGACGAAAUCCCCGAGUCACCCGCUGUCCCGUUGAGAAACGUUACCGUCAGACGCAUUGAGAAACGCCUCGAUUUCGAAAACGAAUCUUUCAACGAAACCGAAAAUACCGAAACCGGUGAGUGCUCCAACAAUGUCGUCGCUGCAAUACCGAACAGUUUCGAACUUCCGAUUGUCAAUGUCCCGGAGUCUCGUUCGUCGAAACCGUCUCAAAUUCCAAUUAUUCACGUAACCGAAGCUACUCCUUCGAAAACGGAUAAAACGCCAAUGAUUUACGUAACCGAAGCUACUCCUCCGCCACCUUCGUCAACAAGCAGAUCCACCAGGUCGAGAAGACGAACCGGCGGUGUCGCUGACUCUUCGAUUCAAGAAGAUCAACCUACGGAAGAUCAAACGAUAACCAGAGUAUUGAGAAACCGAAUUGUACCCGCAAACACACCGGGUAAAACAAACCGCAAAAGUAACAGAAUUUCGGAAUCGUCGAAACUCGAUCUCGACUUUGAUAGCAGCACAAAAGAAAACGAAAAUCCACGGGCGUCUGAACGGAAAAUCAAUUCGUCCAUGUCAAGCAGCAAAAUCAUUGAAACAGAAGAUUCUGAUGAUAAACUGGCUAAAAGACGAAGGUCUACGAGAAAAAGCGUUCGUUUUAAUGCCGAUGACUGCACGGGCUGCGUAGAAUCAUCGAAACCUGUACAUCCGAUGACUCCGCACUCGCGUCGCACUCGAAAAAUCAGUUUACUAGCUGACGAUUCGCGGCAGUCGGUAGUCCCAUUCACCAAUGGCGAUUUGAUGUCGUUCGAUUCACCCGCCUCAAUAUCAAUUCCACCUCGAGUUCGUCGUACGAGUGGAUACACCAAAAAAACAUCGAAACAAUGAAAAUAAAAAAAUAUAAUUUUAUUUCCAAGACGUUAACUCUAUAAACGUAAGAAUAUUUUGUAUACAUACAUUUUUUAAAUUAGUUUUCCCUUAUAUUGUUAUCUUUCUAAUUCAUAAUUAGUGAAAUGUACGAUUUGAUGUAUUCGGUUCUUUGUAUCAGCUGUGGAGUUAUCGAUUUAAAUAAAUGUACCACCAUAAAAAUUCAGAAAAUCAA